AUGGCCAAAACUCGACACAAUUCUGGUCCAAUCCCGACUGAUGUGCUAGCUACGACUAUUCUCUUGAUGAUGGGAAUUGUUGGACUGCUGUUGAUACCUGCGUUUUACUAUUUGAGUGAGUUUUACAUCUGCUUCUGAUUUAUUUCUUAUAAAAACAAAUUUUGUCGGGCGUCUCACGGCGUUCCAACGGCCGGUUUCUUGUUUUUGCACUCUCUCGUUUUCUUCUUUGUCUACACCCUCUCACAUUUCACACUGUUUUGUCGACCGAAAUUCUCUCUGUUUCGGCUUCGGCUUGUUUUGCUGCAAAAAUUUGUUUAUUUGACCGCGUCAAAAAGAAUUGGUCACUUUUCAACGUAAUUUCCAGUGAACUCGCCCACUUCUUUUUGACGCACAAUGUUCUUGUAGAUAAUUAUAUUGUUUUCAGGUUGUUAUCAAAGCUACCUGUUGUACAUAAUCCCGGAAAAUUACUAUCCUCACAAUGUGUGCUUGUUCGUCAUCCAGGUAAACAUUUUUCGUUUUGUUUUUGUUGUUUUUAGGAAGUUGUUAUCAGAUUCUGAAGGUAAUAAGGGCAAAUUUAGUAGAAUUGCACGUUUAGAUUAAGGAAAUAAUUAAAAUUGGAUCAGAUAUGUGUUAAGGAACAUCUAAAGCAGCUUUUUACAUCAAAUAAACCAGGUUUUCUGUGAAAACUGGCUUAAAGUUAUAUUAUCCAUGGUCAAAGUUUUAUAAAAUUUAUAUUUUCACCUCAGUUUUAUCUAAAAUUUAAUUAACUUAGAUUUACUGCGCCUAUAGAAAAGCAUUUAAAUCAUAACUGACAGAAAUUUACAUCAAUAUCACGAACUAUUACCUAUAUUACCCAUGUUUAGGCUUUCAUCUCCACCUGCCUCAUGAUGGUUGGACUUGUUGCCUACACUGAUAUUGCAUUUCCCUUGGCUAUGCUAGGAUUUGGUGUCAUUUUAAAUAAUGUGAACAUUCAACCGCAGCAAUCUGGACCUGCCAAUUUCUGGGUAGAGGUAAGGACUUUUGGAAUAUCCAAAACUUGAAAAACUGUAGAAGAAAUUUAAAAACCUUUUUAACAUAGUAAGAAUAGGUAGUACUUAAUAUUGUGAAAAAAGAUCAAAUUGUUUAUACUGCAACUUCUUGAGUUAUGACUUUUUUCUUUAUAUUAACCAUGUUUUUCUACACCCACUCUUAUUCAUUUUGGUGUAACUAAAAAACUAGUUGUCAGAUAUGUAUGAUAUUUUAAGAAAAUGUGUAGAACAGAAUAUUUUACAUUAAGGAUAAGUAUGCUCUUCAAAUUUUUUCAAAAAAUUAUAUUUUUCAUGCCAUUUUUGAAGGUUAACACUAUUUUUUUCAGAAUAACAACGAAAAGUCCCUGAAAAUCGCUGAUGACAAAACUCAACAAGACAAUGAAGUUACAAACGAAGACAUUACAGAGAACAAUGGAAAAGAUAAGCCUUCAGUGAACAACAAUGAUCUGUUGAUGAAGUCGGCGGAGAAACAUGUUUCGUCGGAGAUUAUGAUCAACAACAACAAGUCAAAAGGAGUCAACAAAGAUGCUGCGGACACUAUUAUUGACGACAUGAGUUAA